AGUGUAGGGUGUAUUUUUGUUGUUUGUCGAGCGGAAGCGGAGAAAAGAGAGACAACACAACAAAUUUCGGAACCGGAACCCCGAAAUCCCCGUCCUGAGGCGCAAUUUCCUGCAGCAAGGACAUGGCCAGCAGCAAGGAGUUGUGCUCCAUCCGGGAGUGGGCGCCGCUGACGGACGUCAUCGACCACAUUCCGGCUCGGCUGCAGCGCGGUUUCUUUCCGGCGAAUCUUAACCUGACCUGUGUGGAUGCCACCGAGGAGUUCCUGGCCGUGGGCAGCGACGCGGGCAUCGUGUUCUGGUACAAUCGCCACUCGGGCGAGAUGCAGAAGCUCAAGGCGGAGGUGGCCACUCGCAUUACGUGCGUGCGGAUUGUCAACUCCGUGGAGUACAUGGUGGCGGCUGGGUGCGCCAACGGGCAGGUGAGCGUCUUCCAGAUACAGAAGGAGCUGCCGCGUGACCUCGACUUGGUGGCCCCCUGCACCCGGAGUCGGCCCAUCGAGCGCUACACCAUCCGGGAUCUGCACAAGUGCGUGGUCAGCUGCUGCGAGUGGUCCAAGAACGGGAUGAAGCUCUACUCCGGCGAUCGCCAGGGAGUCGUAGUGCUCACGGAGUUCGACUACCAGGCGCACCUCAGCAAGUCCGUGGAGAUCCUGAGCGAGGCCUACGAGAUCGUGCAACUCAGCGUGCAGCAGAGCCACCUGCUGGUGGCCACUCUUUACCGCUGCAUCGUGUGCCAGCGCGACGCCCACUCUGCGCAGUGGAACAUCACCCAGGUGGGCAAGAAGGAUCGCAAGCAGCUCAUCGACUGCGGCGCUGUCUUCCUCAGGAAGCAGGCUGCAAACAGGCCACAGCUCGUCUGCGGUCGCCCUGGCUUGCGCUUUUGGAUGGCCGACGCUGAGGGCAACGUGUCCAAGACGGUGCUCUUCAAAGACGCCGUUCUGCGCAGCCCCACCUGGGAGAUACCCAUUCUGAACCCCAAGCCGCGCAGUGAGCCGCCCAGCAGUAACCAUUCGGCCUCUGCUGAGCGAUCUCGGCUGCAGGACGGCGAGGUGGGACACGUGGCCAGCAGCAACUUCAGACAGCUCUACCUAUACGAUGGUCAUGAUUCGCUGCUGGUAACGCACGACGAUGCCACCUUGUACAUACUCAACUUGGAGCGACUCAAAGUGGAGGCCGUGGCGCGUGGAUUCCGGAAGAUCCUCGACUUCUGUGUCUGUGGCAAGGAGAUCUUCGUGCUGGAAGGCGAACGAACCUUGCUGCGUCUGGCUGCCCUGCCCGAGCCACCGAAUAAGACGGUGAAGGUGAUCUUCAAUCCGCUGAUGCCGCCCCCUGUGCCGGUUCUGGGUUCGUCCCACUACUCGCGGCUGGAGUCGCCGGUAGAGCUACAGCCGGAGCCCGCGCUGCAGAGCGCCGAGGAGUGUUUCGAGAUGUCGCCGGUGGAGCAGCUAAACCUGAACGCGCCAAUUGAACUGGCCGUGGAGUCGCCGUUGGCUCACCAGAACCGCCGAUUGGAAAUAUUCCGUCGCAUCGGUCAAAUGGACUUCGAGCAGUCCAUCGUCCACACCAGCCGAAAGACAUCGGUGGGCAAGCCGCCAGUGCCAGUGCCGAAUGAAAGUGGCACGGGGAUUGUUGAGAUUGGUCACGAGUCCCAUGAACUCCGUUUACCACUUACCAAUGCCGCCACACUAAUGGAGGCCAGCUACUGUCAAAUGGAGAACAAUGGCUUGGCCUCGCCGAUGGACAUGAAAGCAGCGUACCUCCAGCUCCUGCCCGAUGCUCUUAGUCCCACCACUCUGCAGAAGACCGUCGCGGAAAAGGCCAAGACUCUGGCUGCCGAGCUGGAUCUGCCAGAGGUGCAUCUGGCCCCGCCGUCCCAGGAGGAGCUGCUUGCUGCCCAGGCACUGGCACCCCAACUAAGCGAGUCGCUGAUCAGGUGCUAUCCCACGCACCUGGAAGAGGCCAGUGUCCAAACGACCCCACGGGAAAAGUCACUCAACCCAGCAGACGAUUAUCAUGCAGGUCAACCAGUGGAUGGGAUUAGGUCAUUAGACCAAAAACCCUCGAGGCCCAAAAUGGCACCGCUUAAGUUCGUCAAGAGCCUGCCGAAGCCGAAGCCGACUCUCGAAGAGGAUAGAGACGACGAGGAGGAGUACACCAGCUUCCUGCCCGACUUUCGCCGAGCAGGGGACCCACUGCGCAAGGAAACACCGGCUACCAGUGACUCGAACACCUCCAGCGAGUGGGAGUUCCUGGACAAUUAGUUCAGUAUUAGAAAUAAGUGCAUACUCUCAUUUGCUCUCGUUUUGAUUUCUCGCACUUUUUUCGUUUGUCUUCGUUUUGUUUGACGAAUUGUUGUGCUUAUCAGAUUGUGAUCACCGUGAUUUACUUACUUACUAUUUUAAGUUAAACUAACGCAAUUGUAAAUAAUUUUUAGACGUAGGCAAAGGGUGUUUCCUAAAGCAACACGAAUCUGUAUUUGAAGUUCAAAAGACACAAACCAUUCCUUGAAGUCCAAAAAUUCUAGCGUAGAUAGCACCUUAGUGUCAGUACCAAUUUAUUAAAUAUCAUUGUACUCAGUUGAAAAAGAUAUUCGAAUGCUUUAAGUAUUUGCUAACUAAGUUCAAGGUCGCUUUUUAUUCACAAAAUACAAUUAUUUUAAACAAGUGCAAA